AUGGCGGCUGCGCCCCAGCCCCCUCACUGCAGCGGCAUUGCCAGCCCCUCGCUUGGGCUCACAGUGGGCUCCUCAUGCCCCUGCACGCUGUUCGGGCGGCGUGGAACGCUCGCCCCCAUCCUUCCAGUGUCGCUGCAGUGCCGCUCUGGUGAUGUCACAGACCGCGGGCGCCCGGCACAGGCCCCUUCCUGCGCCGGCCUGCCGCCAUGGUGUGCCUUCUCCUUCCAGCACAAAGCCUUCUGCAGCCAACCGUGCCAGCGUCCUCCUGGGGACUUUGAGCUUGUCCGAGGCCUCUCUGCUCUGGGGAGAGGUGACAAGCUGGUGAGGCAGGAGGUCACCACAACAUCUUCCCCCAUAAAACCAGGAGCACUGUGCUACCAACACACUGCUGCAGCGUGGGGGGAGCCCCUUCUUUGGGCCUUGGGGAACCAGCCGGAUCCAUGGCACGGGGUGAUGGUGGAUGUUGGGGAACGCCCCAAAGGGCUGGAAAGCCACUCCAAAUGGCUAGGAGGCCGCCCAAAAGGGCUAGGAGGCCACUCAAGCUCUCACUUCAGUGCAGGAAACUGUUGUGCCCUCAAAACCAGCCCAGGCAAGCAGCUGUCCAUGUCCUGCUUUGAGGCACACCAGAAUCAGCCUUCAAAUCAUUGGGACAACCUUUGGAAAUCAGGCUGGACUUUCACCCUGACUCAUUUCCCAUUUCGCACUCAUUUUACAGGGAUUCUUCUCCAGGCAAACUGCUUCAAAGUUGCCAGCUUCCAUGUAGCUGUCAGCAACCUGAGUGAGACUCUAAAUGUGACAGACCAAAGGCAGUUUGCCACAGGUUUUAUGAAACUUGUGAAAGCUGAGGACACCAAGUUUUGUGUUGACAUUCUGGAAAACAUUCAGGUUUUGUCAGACGAUAUAUGGGGGGAAAAUCUGUCAAGGAAUUCCCUGCUACUCACGCUUUUAUGAACUGGAAUAAACUAUUCCAGUAUUCAGAUCAGCAGCUGAACACCAAGGUCUCCAAUGCUGAAGUGCCUCAAUGCUUACUGAACUACCAUCUCUGUCUGAUAUGAUGGCCUAAAUAAAAAACAGGAGGACAAG